GUCUCAAGGGACAUUCACAAUUCAGAAGCUAACUUUGGUGAGAUACCUGCAGCCAUCAAGCAUCAUGUCCUUCAACUGCUCUACAAGAAAUUGCUCUUCCAGGCCAAUCGGAGGACUCUGUGCUAACCCGGUGGCCCCAGUCGCCGCUGCUUCAGCCCGUGAUGUUGACUGCCUGAGUGGCAUCUAUUUGCCCAGUUCUUUCCAAACUGGCUCUUGGCUCCUGGACCACUGUCAGGAGUCCAACUGUGAGCCCACAGUUUGCCAGCCGACGUGUUACCAGAGAACUUCUUGCAUCUCCAGUCCUGUCCAGGUAACUUGCUCUAGACAAACGACCUGUGUCUCCAAUUCCUGCUCAACUCCCUGCAGCCGGCCACUCACCUUUGUGUCCAGUGGCUGUCAGCCUCUGGGAGGCAUUUCCAGCGUCUGCCAACCAGUGGGUGGCAUCUCUUCUUCCUGCCAACCAGUGGGAGGAGUCUCCACUAUCUGCCAACCAUCCUGUGGGGUCUCUAGGACGUACCAGCAGUCCUGUGUGUCCAGCUGCCGAAGAACUUGCUGAGUGUGUUCGAGCCAGUGAGUGAAUCAAGACUCCACGCCCUGCCAGCUGUGUUUCCAGGAUCUCCCAGCAUGCUGCCCGACCAACUCCAUUGCUGACCCCCAUGGACUGCUCUUUGCUGGCUGCUCAUUUCGGCCCUGUAAAAUUUUUCUGGCCAGCACUAAGAUUAUUUUAAGGGUUGAUGCCUGGUGCUGUGGAUGCCUCUCCAUGUUUCCGGAGGCUUUACUACCCACAGCCCAGUCCUGAUGCUUUUGACAUGUUUUGACCUUGCUGCUGUAUCUCCUGGCUUCUGCUUUUGCAUCUUUGAAGAAGGGAGCUUGUCUCACUAUAUAUUUCUCAAUAAACUUGCAUUAGUUGGCAUU